AGACUCCAAGGUCAGAAAGAACAAGAGAAGGCGAAUCAAUGGCGGCGGCGGCGGCGGAAAUGCGCAACUGCAAGUCGAGAACAGUGAAGCUUCUGUGCCCUGCGCUGUCCAAGAUAGUACCGUACGAGGUGUGGGAGGAGCAGAGGCUGGACCUCGGCUCCAUAGCAAGGGCUUUAGGGCUGGAGCCAUCGGCGUUGAAGCUCAACGGUCACCUGAUCGGCAGGGGAGCUAAUCUGAUGUCCUCAGUGACGUGGAAGUCGCUGCUGAAUUACUUCUCCGGCAAGGGUCUCCCCACCGGGGAAACCGAUCAAGAUGCGCUGAUCGUCGCCGGGAAGCUGUGUAAAGUUGGGAGCAAAUUUGGCCUUCCUUACAGGAGGAAAGCAAGAUGCUGAACUUGACGAUGGCGGCAUUGCUGGAACGGCGCAAACUGAAGACGCCACCAAACAUAAGAAGUUGAAGGGAAGCGAUCGUACAGGCGGGCAAGGGAUUACAUGGAACGGGCAUGCACUGAAGAGGAAGCAGGUGACCAUGGAAGAUAUCGACUCGAUGAAGAAAUUGAAAAUCAAUGAGAGCAGUCCUCCUUCAGACACCGCACCAAGGAAGAACAAGGUGGUUAUGGCAGCUGCCGGCAUUACUUCCAGCGGUCAGUCGAAAUGCAGAUACCUGAAACGGAAGAGCGAAGAUGAUGUACUUCUUCUUGCUUCGCCUUGCAAAAGGAUUCACUGAACACAGCUCUGUUUCCAGUUGAUGUUCAUCAUCAUCAUCCUCUAUCGAUCUACCGAAACACUGGGAUGUAGAAAGAUAUAUGACAGACAGACUUGAAAUUGUACCUGUAUAUAUCUUCAAUUUUGUUGAUUCUGAAUCGUGCGGGAACGAAAG